AUGGCCGGGUCGCGCGAGUCGCAGCAUUCACUGCUUUCAGCGGACUCGCUGAACAAUCCACCGCAGGGCUCUUGGGGCCCGUUGGGUCGCUUAUCUUUCGAGGAGGACUAUGCUUACCACGCUACCGAGCGUCAGUCUGAGGAUGUAGUCCGUGAUGUCGGACUGGGUAUCUCUAAUCAUGCCGGUGAUGCUAUUCCUCAUUAUGAUCGAGCUUCAAUGGACAGUUCAGCGACAACUACUCCCCACUCUGCUCCCAAGACUCCAUUGCCUCCGUAUUCUCCCACGAAAUGCCCCAAUCGCACGACGGUGCUGCAGAAACGGCUUUCGUGGAUCCCGAUGACUAUCUUUGUGCUUGCUCUCUAUGCGACUAUAUUCUCCGGUAUCUAUCUCGUUAUUGCCCUGCGUAAGCCUCGGUGGAGUAUGGUCUCCAGUGAUGGGCCGAUUGUGCCGUCUACGGCUAGCCUGCUGAGCGCGUCUUUUGCAAAGAGUAUCGAGUUAGCCUAUGUCACUGUUUGUGUGGCAUUUCUGGGACAGGUACUAAGCCGGCGAGCUUUGAUGACCGAGUCCCGAGGAAUUAGUAUCUCGGAUAUGAACAUGAGGACAUGGAUCAUGCAGCCGGGCUCGAUGAUUGUCCAUUGGGAGACGCUACGAUAUUCGGCGCUUACUUUCCUCGGUGCUAUUGCACUGGUUGCAACAUUCGUGGCGAUGCUAUACACACCGGCUGCCCAAGCGUUAGUCGCACCCAAUCUCAUUCUUGGUCCCGUUGAAUCAAAAGUCUUUCAAGGCAAAGUAUCUGCUAGCUUUGCCAACCCAGUUUAUCUCGCCUAUAACUGUCAAACCCCAGUCACUGUUGACAUGGACAGUGAUUACCGCAACACAACAUGUCUCCAGAUUGAACACGUCGGCCAUGCCUAUCACAACUACCAACAAUGGAUAGCCAAAUGGAGCUCUUUAGUUGCAAACAAUACCGCAACCUCAACAGAACUCCAUAGUCGCCCACAGCCGACAGGCUCCCUCUGGGAUAACACCACAGUCACAGGCAGCUGGAUUCAGAUCCAAAACAUCACAGCCCUCUCCAAGAAACACAAAAGAAUGGUCAACAACAUAACAAUGGCAAUGCCACACGGCGGCAUCACCGCAGCAGCAAUGGACCCCAUAAACAAGAUAAAACAGCCCCGAUCCACCUUAGCAUCCGGCGAAGGAGAAUACACACUAAACGCCUCAAUCCCAUCCCCAGCAAUAAACGUCCUCUGCACAGGAAUGACCAAAGACGAACUCGGCCCCCUUGUCUACGCCUCCUGGCCAGGCGGCGACAAAUUCAACGCCACAUCCUGGAGCAACAACCCCCCGUCCGACAUCCCAGGGCCCUCAUCCUGGCUGAACCGAACAGUCGUCGACGACCUCUUCGAGUUCGGUCCAAAGUACAGCCAUCGCCCACCAAUCUUCGGCAAAUACCCUGAACCCUACAACACCAUCCUCGGCACAACAGGAAUCUCACCCACAAACGCCAUCUACCUCCUCGGCACCUCACCCCCAAACACAACCACCCCAGCCUACGUGCUCUGCUCCCUCCGCGCAAAACUAACAGGCGUCUGCUCUACCCAAUACAAAGCCGCAUCCAGCGGUGCAUUUCUCAGCUCGACAUGCGAGCAACCCGGCAACGACUUACAGUAUAAUCGCCGAUACGCAGAUCGCAAGUUCGAAGAGGGGUUCUGGGAAUCCGACUACAAGAAUAUCGUAUCGGAGUGGGCGAAAGCUUUGAGUCUGGGCGCGGGGAUAACAGACGGCGAAGCUAGUAAUGCCCGACUGCUUAUGCAGAUGAUGCCCAGGUACGAUAACAAGACGGAUAGCUUCUCGCUUGAUGCGCGCAUGCCUUCUAUUGCCGAGGGACUGGCUGUUAUGGCGGGGAGUACUUUGAUUCUCAGUUCUCAGGAUUCGCCGUUUGUGCAGGGGUGGAAUUAUAGUCUUGCGAAUCAUAAUAUCUUGUCUGGGGGUGCUUAUCAGUAUUUUGAUGGCAGGCUUCAGGCGAUGGGAUAUGCUUCUGGGUGGACGGAGCAGUGGCAGGGGGCUUUUUAUGUUGUUUUGGUGUUUGCGUUUUUGACCAGUGCUGUUUGCUUGGGAUUUGUGAUCUUUGAGGCGAGGGGACGCCAGGUUACGGAUUUUACAGAACCGCAGAAUCUCUUUUGCUUUGGCUGUUAA